AAAUCAGUACACCAUGAGGGUCGUUCAUAGCUUUGUAUCUUCGCUUCUGCUCUCCAGCGCAGCAAUUGUGUCUGCAGCUUCUUCCUGGAGUUUCGAAGAUGCCACUGUGUCGGUAUCGACUAAAGGUGCUGGUGUAGGCGGAGCUGCAAAGGACAAAUUGAGCCCUUCCACACCGCUCGGCAAGUCUGUAUCUCUGGGCGCAUCGGAUACAUUGAAGCUUAUCCUCACGACUGUUGAGGGAAGCACUGCGAAACGACCUCACCAGGCGUUCCUCACCCUGACCGAUCCUACAACCGGCGUGGAAGAGUCUUUUGUACUCAGUGUAAAGGACAGCGGAAAGGGCAAGGUCGAUUUGUCUCAUAAGGACCUACCCCACCAAUUCUUGACCUCGGAGAAGCCAAUUGCAGCGUCUAUCGUAAUCGGAUCUUUCGGUUCCUCAAAACCCUACAAGGGCAAGGUGUUUGACCUUACCGUCACCCGCGACGCCAGCACUCCCCUCAAGAUCCCCGAGAAGCCGGUCCGCUACGCCGCCGAAUCCGAAAUUCAUCACAUUUUCCGCGAGGACCCCAAGUCACCACCCAAGAUCAUAACCAUUGUGUUCGCGGCCGCUGUUGCUGGUGCACUACCUGUGCUGCUUGGUGCGUGGGCUAUGUUGGGCGCAAAUACUAGCCACUUGAGCAAGGCGCUGGGCAAUGCGCCUGUGUCGCAUGGGCUCUUCUAUGGCUCCAUACUGGCUAUGGAGGGUAUCUUCUUCAUGUACUACACAAGCUGGAACCUCUUCCAGACCCUGCCAGCAGCCGCGGUGGUCAGCUUCGUUGCUUUCUUGAGUGGCAGCAGAGCGUUGUCUGAGGUUCAGGAGCGUCGCUUGGCUGGAUUGAGAUGAAAAAUGAUUUGAGCUGGACAAUACCAUCUUGAAACCAUGUGAUGCCAGGCAUAUGGGAUGAGCAUACGUGAGGGGAAAAAAGAAGAGUAUCUCGCGAGGAUGUAUGAAUAGUAGGCGAUGGCGGAGGAUGCCUCGGUAGAGCAGACUUCAAAAGGCGACAAUGUACGCCAUAAUUCUAGCGAAUUUACUAAGUUUAUGCAGUGCAA